CCAUCGUAUUUUACAAGUUAUUCUCUCUCUCUCUCACUCAUAUGAAAUCAUCCACUACAACGACAUUGCUUGCCGCAACGCUUUUCAUCCUGCUAUGGUGCUGUUGCUGCAGCAACGCACAACCAGCAUCAGGAACGGUGACUCACCGCAGCCCAGGUCGCUUAUUAUUCAGCCGUUCAACCGUAGAAUUACACGAACACACCUGUCAAUGCGACGGCCAUGGAGAUAUCACGGCUCAAUGCUGUAACACUGUCCAAGGAGACCUCGCCGAUCCUGGUGACGACCAAGGCAAAUGCAAUCUCAACGGCAAGAACAAGUGGGAUGACUUUUCGACUUGUUGUGCCCAGAACAAAGCCUCAAGCUCUUGCUCAAGCCGAGAUUAUUAUGUUGAUAAAGAGCAUGGGUAUAAACAGCAGACGGCAAAAGAAGAAAGCAAGAAGACCAUUAACCGUAAGCAAUAAGUACAAGGGCAGGACCAAGAAGGCUAAUAAAAAAAGAC